AUCGCUUUGAAUGUCAUUUAUUGUUUAAGUUGGUUAGUUCUAUCAUCACAACAAUUUUGAGUACACAGCAAAAAACUGAAUUAUUUCCAACAUGGCCAACGAAAUGGAAAAGACCAUAGAGCUAGAAAAUGCCAUUCGCUUCAAGGAUUUGUUGUCAACAGGUUCCAAUUUCAAAAUUAACCAAGAAAGCAUGGCCGAAACCAUUGAUCAAGAGAUUUUCGACGAUGCAGGAAGCGACGAUGAUGACGGUGAGCUGGAUGAAGACUUUGACAGCAAAUUAUCGCCAUGGAAGAAAAGUUUCACUGAACUAAAAACACUUAUGGUAAAUGUUCCGAAUAAAUUUGGUAGCGCAUCAAUUUACAAGCGCAUCAUUAGCGAGGGAAAGGGUGAGGUGAUGCAGUCUUAUAAUUGUCGCAUCGAAUGGACGUUCAGUAUGUUUUUCGAAAACGAAUCGAAUGCAUUUGACUCAAAGACGAAACCGAUAACAGCAGAAAUAUCUGAAAUGUUGAUCGGAAUUCAAAUCGCGGUCAAAACGAUGCGCAAAAAAGAGGAGGCUCAAUUUGUAAUCGAUUACAAAUUGAUGUUUGGUGAGAUGGGAUGUCCACCACGAAUAAAACCUAAAAGUGAUGUUUUGCUUGUGGCAAAACUGAUUAGUUUUGAUGAAAUUGGUGAUGAACACGCGUGUGAUGAAAUAUCUGAAGAAGAUCAACGAAAGUUCCAUGUCAUCAAAGAUAAAAUUGAUGAGAUUUACAAAAAAUCGUUGGACCAUAUAAAAAACAAACGAUAUAGAUAUGCGAUUACGGCAAGUCAAACGGCCCUGCGCAAACUUGAAUGGUGCCAAGUUGCAGAUGAAAAAGAAGAGACCGAGCAACAAUCGUUCAUCAAUAAAUUGUAUAUUCAGCUUGCGGAUUGUUACAUCCAAGUAGAAAAUUGGAAAAAAUGCUGUUUGAUGAUCAACGAAUUGCGUCGGCGUUCAAACAUCAGUCAAAAUGUGUCAGUUAUGCUGAAUGAAGCCAUUGCUUUGAGUAACAUCGAAGAAACCUUUGGUCGUUCAAUUAAGUUGCUACGAGCAGCACAGCAAAUCGAACCUCAAAAUGAAAUGGUCAACAAAACAUUGGCUGAGAUAUUGGAAAAAGAUGCAAAAUAUAAAAAGGAACAACAAGAAAUGUGGAAACGGGCCCUGGACCUGAAGGCCAAAGUUGAAUCUUUGCAAAAAUGAACAUUUUUGUAAUUGAAUACUUAUCAACAUGUUUCUAAUUUGAACUUAUUUUUCAUCACAAUCAUUAAAAAAAGUAAUUUUCAUAAUAUCGUAUCAAAACAACGAAAAAAAUCAACCGUUAAAAAAAGCUCCAUUAAAAAUAUUGAAUUCUAGGGUGCGUUCAGCGCCCUCUUUGUAAUCUCCAAUUCUCCAUAUUACUAUAUAUUUAAAUAAUAAUAAUAAAAGUCAACCGACACAACAUUGUUUAUAUUCAA